AAGAAACCAAAGAUCGAGACGUCGCUAUGCAUCUGUACCGCACCUGUGCUCGGAUCUCUAGAGCCUGGGUGCGGUGAACGUUGUCUGAAUCGCGUCAUGGGUUAUGAAUGCGAUCCAAAUAACUGUGGCCUUGGAGAGUUGUGCACAAAUCGCGACUUCACAAGGCUUGCGAUUCGUUUGGAACGCACAAAGAACGCCGAUCAGAGGUCGAAAUGUGAUUCGUCCAGUAUCGGUGUCGAGCUGUUCAAGACUUCAGACCGGGGCUUUGGUGUUCGCGCUUGCACGCAAUUCGAGCCGCGCGAGAUCAUCGUCGAACACACUGGGGAGAUCAUCACACCCAGCCCUGAGACUCGAUUUCGUGAUCAGCUUUGGUCGUGCGUCACAUUCCUCCGGAACUUCUAUCAAAUGGACUCUGACCGAGGCAUGAUCCUCGAUGCCACCAAAGGCUCUAUCGCUCGUUUCGUCAACCAUUCCCGCGAACCCAACUGCAAGAUGCUCAAAAGAUUUGUCAAAGGCCAACCCCGAAUGGCUUUGUUUGCAGGUGACUAUGGCAUCUUGACCGGCCAGGAGUUGACUUACGACUAUAACUUCAAUCCUUACUCCACUAAGGAUGUCCAGGAGUGCCGUUGUGGUUCAAGCAACUGCCGAGGCAUCCUAGGCCCGAGACUCAAA